AUGUCCGACCAAGAGAUCAUCCAGAAGUCCGAGCAGGCGAUCAACGCCUCGAGCGCGCAGACUGGAUCGGGGAAGGGGCAGAGCUUGUCCACGGAAGACUCGGGCGUUAACGAGAACGUCACCUCCCAGUUCCCCGGUUCGACAGUCCAGGUUGGCGGUACGAAGCGAGGCGAGAACCCCACCAUCCCCGUCGAGGAGGGAGGUGAGGAGGCCAACAAGCUGACCGGAAGUGCCACCAAGGCGAAAGACUUUGAGGGUGCCGGCGGACCUGAGGAGAAGAUCGCAAAGAAGGUGGCGGAUGAGCCUGGAGCGCAGGACGUGUCUGGGAACGUCGUCAACUAG